AUGGUCAACGUGGGUUCGAAGCUGGUGACAGAACGGACUGCUACAGCACGAGCAAAGGUUUUUGUGGGACCCGAACUGAUGAAACUCAUACGAGAAAAUGGCCUGAAGAUAUUUACCAGUGGUAAAGAUGAAAUUGGGUUGAUUGUACUUGGUUCUGACAAGACACAGAAUCCACUUGGUUACCCAAAUGUGAGUGUGGAAUUUCCUCUUGCACUGCCUACAUGGCAGAUGAUAUCCUUUGUGGAGAAAGCUUUACAUGAAAGUGAAAUAAAAACAGAUUGGAUAGAUGGUGUUGUUGUUGGCAUGCAAGUCUUUAUAGCACUCAGAGGUGCCUUGAAGAAAAUAAAAGAUCUCGAAAGUGUCUUAAUGACACCCGAUGGCCUCAUGUUGACAAGACAGCUGGUUGCCUUGCAGAGGGCAGGGCUUGACGGUCUGAACAUCAGCUUAGACACCCUGCAGUCCCAACGCUACAACCAGAUCAUGAGGAGGAAAGGCUGGGAGCGUGUCAUGGCUGGCAUAGAUCUAGCCUUGCAACUUGAAUACGAACCUGUGAAGAUAAUUUGUGUUGUAAUGCAAGGUUUUAAUGAAGAUGAAGUGUGCAGUUUUGUGGAGUUAACAAAAGAGAAAAAUGUUGAUGUAAGAUUUAUCGAGUACAUGCCUUUCAGCGGCAACAAAUGGAAUGAUGGGAUAAUGGUCUCCUUUAGUGAAAUGCUCCAAAUAAUUAGAAAGCAGUGGCCUGAUUUUGAUCCUCUUCCCAAUGGGCCCAAUGAUACCUCAAAGGCAUACCAUGUGCCGGGCUUCAAGGGACAUGUGGGAUUUAUUACCUCAAUGAGUGAACACUUCUGUGGCACGUGCAACCGUUUACGGAUAACAGCUGAUGGCAAUUUGAAGGUGUGUCUCUUUGGGAAUUCAGAGAUAUCUCUCAGAGAUGCAAUACGAAGCAAAUGCAGUGAGGAUGACUUGCUUGCCAUGAUUGGGGCAGCAGUGAGAAGAAGGAAGAAACAACAUCGAGGCAUGCUAAACCUGUCAAAGAUGAAGAAUCGGACAAUGAUUCUUAUUGGAGGAUAA